AUGUGUGUGUGUGUGUGUGUGUGUGUGUGUGUGUGUGUGUGUGUGUGUGUGUGUGUGUGUGUUGGGGCAUACAAAACGAAAUCUGGUGACACAGGGAGGAGGCGGUGCUUUUAGCAUCUGAUUGCCAGUUAAUGCCUGGAGUAUGAGCCUAGUUUAUAAACAGGCAAAAGGAAACUAGCGGCGUAUUUGGCUGUUAGCGAGAGCGCAGUGUACAGUACAGGGAUACAGCAGUAGCUACCCGUGGCGAAAUAAGAAGACCAACUAAAUCCCUAGGGUGGGAGUGGUACUGGUCAUCGACACACUUCCAAGCUUUUCACCUGUGUAUGGAUUUAUCCCUACUUUCUCAAGACUCGUCCGUGAUAUUGGAUUAUAAAGAGAAAAACAACAUUUGGGCAGUUUGGGUGCGCUGUGGUUAAUCGAUUUGGAUCUACUUGGAGAGGAGACCCUCAGUGUGCCAUUGGCAAAGGCUACUUAUGCCAGAAGGAAGGUUUUCCGUCUUACUUACAAUCUGCAUCUCUUUUUUUCUUGGUAUUGACUGCGUUGUUUGAGGAAAUUUAACAUUAGUUGUAAGACGAUCCGAGAAGAAAUUCACGGGCUGUUUUUGGAAACGCAACUUACCCAGAAAAGGGUAGCAACACAGAAGGGCAAGGAUGGCAUCGUUGCAGGCUGUGGGCAUAGUUUUCAUACUGGUUUUGCACCAGGUAUCCGGAUCUGGGGUUUUCGAGCUGAAACUGCAGGAGUUUUUCAAUGAGCAGGGUUUGCUAGCAGACGGUGGUUCCUGCUUACCGGAUUGCAAUACUUUCUUCCGCAUCUGUCUCAAACAUUACCAGGCAGUGGUAUCUCCAGGCCCUUGCACCUUUGGCAGUGUCACCACGAAGGUCUUGGGGGAGCGCAGCUUUAUGGUGUCUGAAGAAGGAGACAGCGGGUUAAUUCGCCUUCCGUUCAACUUCACCUGGCCGGGAACUUUUUCGCUGAUCAUUAACGCCUCAUAUUCUCCUGACAAUGUAACUGUAAACCCAUCAGACAUGAAUAACCACCUCAUUAGCACGUUCACCAUACAGAAGCAGUUGGGAAUGGGGAAAGAGUGGACAGCGGACACACAGACCAGCAAUGAGACCAGGCUCCGCUACAGUUACCGGGUCAUCUGCAGUGACAACUACUACACCAGCAGCUGCUCCAUGCUUUGCAAGCCCCGAGAUGAUCACUUUGGGCACUAUACUUGUAGCUCAAAUGGCUCUAGAGUAUGUCUUCCUGGCUGGAAAGGGCCAUACUGUACCCAAGCUAUUUGUGCAAGCAGCUGUCAUCCAACCAAUGGGUAUUGCAACACUCCAGGAGGCUGCAUCUGCCGACAUGGCUGGCAAGGACGAUUCUGUGAUGAGUGCAUUCCUUAUCAAGGUUGUGUGCAUGGAACCUGUAAAACUAAAUGGGAGUGCAACUGCGAAGAAGGAUGGGGAGGUCUGCUGUGCGAUCAUGAUCUUAACUACUGUACACAUCAUCGUCCAUGCCAGAAUGGAGCAACCUGUACUAACACUGGUCAGGGCAGUUAUACGUGCACAUGUAAACCAGGGUUCACUGGGCUGAAAUGUGAGCAAAGAAUCAGUGUGUGCGACAACAACCCUUGCAAGAAUGGAGGAAGUUGCCAGGAACAAGAAGAAAGCUACAUUUGCCACUGUACUUCUAAGUCAUAUGGAUCACACUGUGAACAUACCACUCUCACCUGUGACGAAUCACCAUGUUUCAACGGUGGCUCCUGCUUGCAGAAAGACAAUGGUGUAGGUUAUUUAUGUGUCUGCCCUCCAGGGUUCACUGGCUCCAACUGUGAGAGGAAGACAUCCCCGUGCAGCUGUGCAAAUGCAGAUGACUGUAUUGAUGAUAGUCAGAAAGAACAUUGCCGUUGUCCGCCUGGCUUCACUGGUGCCGAUUGCAAGACGAACAUUAACAACUGUGAAAUCAAGCGGUGUAUCAAUGGUGGCAGUUGCAUUGAUGGAAUUAAUGACUACAGGUGCAUUUGUUCACGUGGUUUUACAGGACGUAACUGUGAGCGCAGAAUAAGUGGAUGUGCCUUCUGGCCUUGUCAGAAUGGAGGGACCUGCUUUGAAGAUAUGUAUGGGAAAGAUUACAUGUGUAGCUGUCCUGUUGGAUUUGAUGGUAAAAAUUGUGAGAGCUCCUCUGUUCCAUUUGCACCAUCAACAGUACAACCAAAAAUUCCCGGUGGGGAGUUUCCUUGGGUGGCAGUGUUUUUGGCAGUUGGGCUUAUGGCUUUGCUAAUAUUGCUUUGUAUGAUUGCCACUGUCCUGCGACAUAUCCAUCACCAGCAGGCCCUAGAAGAGCAGGACUCUGAAACUAUGAAUAAUCUGACCGACUUUCAAAAGCAAAACCUUAUACCAACAUAUCAGCUUAAAAAUACAAAUAAACAAAUUGACUUAGAGGUAGACUGUGGACUAGAGAAGUCCAAUUACAAACAAAAGAAUCACACAUGGGAUUAUAAUUUGAUGACUGACUUAAAAGGAGAGCUUUCACAUGAGGGCAAAUACCUUAAAGGUGACAGGUCUAUAGAAGAAGAAAAGACUCCUCUACAAUUAAACAGCAGCAGUGGAAAGCCAGAGUGCAGGAUAUCAACAAUAUGUUCUUCACGGGAUUCAAUGUACCAGUCUGUGUUUGUUAUAGCAGAGGAACGGAAUGAGUGUGUCAUAGCAACAGAGGUAUAGACUGGAAGCUGAAGUGCUUUUCACCUCCCACCUGGGGAACCUAAGACAGCAUGCCCGGCACUGUUUACAAAUAAUAAACAGUCGACUGUUAUUUAUUGAUAUGCAACAUGCUGCUCAGAUAUGUAAAACUGGCUCAGAGACUGUGAAAUCCCAGGACCUGCAAUAUUUCAGAAUUCAGGUCAGAAUGUAAAACAAGAUUCGAGGGCAAAGGGGAAACCUCAUGUAUGUGCAUGAGUGGGAGCUGAGAUUGACUGCUCCUAGAAAAUCACCCUUCCCUUGUCAAGACCUGGAUUUAAAAAAAAAAAAGACUUGAGGAAAGUGGAGAGCUUAUGAAAUACUUAUUUUCUUGACAGGAAAAUCUGCAUCACCAGUGGAAAAUAAAACAAAUAUGCUAUUUUUCAAAGUUACUGAAAAACAAAGACAAUCAGUGGAGGAAAAACAAAAGUUACUUUUCAAAGUUGCAGAGAGAAAACAAAAGCAACAAAUGAGCAAAAAAUAUAAAUAAGCUGGUAUGUUAUUAUAAACACUAUGUCACUAUGACAUUUGUAACAGUGGAACAGUAUAUAUAAGUACAAUUAAAUUAAGGUGAACACCUUUUGAUAUUUUUUUCUCUCCACCCUAGACUGUCUGGUAUCUGUUUAUGCUGAAUGUCAACAACAGAUUGUGGGAUUUUUUGCUAGGGCUACUUCUGUCCUACCUGCUUCCCAUUUUAAGCAGAGGCUAUGAUGCUGCAUAGUUAAGAUUAACUGAUCCCAUUACAGGAGGAAAAAAAAUCAACAAACACCCCUCCCCCAACUACUUUUGAAGCCUUAUAAAAUGUGUUCAGAGAACACAGUUGAACUUGUAUGAAGAUUACCAACUAUCAGUGAAUGGUUGCACUAGUAAUGAAUAUAUAUGUGUCCUGUGAGCAUGUGACAGCUUUGCCCUUGCACGAGAACUUUCAAGAGCUUUUUUAUUAAGUGCCAGCAGAAAUCUUUCACCCUGUACCCUUAUCCUUUGUAAGAAAAGUGUGCUAUCAGAUUUCAUUCUGUUAUGUUUUAAUUUGUCAAUUAAUGUUUCAUGUUCUUAAGUUUUCUCUUUUAAAAGAGACAGCAUUUUAGCUCAGUGGGGACCACACCUCCUGAAGUGAUGCAAGAUGCUUCACUGACCAGCUGGUCAGAGGUAUACCUACUAACAGUGACCUUCUCACCUUCUUCCCCUCAUCCUAAAAAUGUAUCUAUAUGGGUGAAACCUAAUCCUUCACCCAGCCAUGCACUCUGCAGUGAGACAAGUCAAUGCCUAUCUUUUAUGUGGAACUGACAGCAAUAUUUUAAAGCACAAGUGCCCAUCUCUGAACGAGAGUAUUAAAGUGACUUUUUAAUCCAACAUUGAAGGUCCCUAUAAUUGUAAACAUGGGGCAUGUAAAUGCAAGGCUUUUUCUUUUUCAUCUGUGAUCUGAUAUGCAACACUGCCCACUCCUGUCACUGGACUUGAAUUUUGGCCACGGACAGCCUUCUGAGAAGUAUUGAAAAAAUUACCUUGCAGAACUAAUAAUUCUAUUUUUAAAGGACUAGUAUUUCUUUAAUUUAAGAAAAAAAUAAAAAGCACUGAACUUUCUACAUUUUUAAUGUUAUUUUGUAUAUAAUGUAUAUUUAUAAAAGAAAUGGCUGAAGUGUAAAUAUCUUAGAACUUUGUAUUGUUUUCCAUGUGUUAAUUGUGGUAAAGUUUGAAUUUUAUUAUUUUUUUUCAAAAUAUGAAAACAUUCCUGGCA